UGCCGCCCUUUUCAUGCAGUUCUUUAUCCAAGAACGUUGUAGACCGAGGCAUUGCGCUGAAACUCUUGGCAGUAUGGCCGGAGUGUGUUGAAAAAAAGUAAAGGCCCAGAAAUUAAAAGACAAAACACCCACCCACCCCACGCUCCCGUUUUUUCAAGAUUACUUAAAUGUUUCCCGUGCCCUGAUUCGUACUUUUUGGUUCGGGUCUGCUAUCUUUUCCAGUAAUCAUACUAACUUGUUUGGCUUUUCUGAUAUGAACAUGAAUGCUACGUUCCUUUCUAGUGUUUGCAUCUGAAGAAAUCCUGAAAAGCCUUCCGCUGCGCAGCUAUGACUAGCACCCAGUCUGCAAAAGGAGAAAGGCCGGAGCUCUACACAAUCCCGAGCCACAUACACAAUCAAAGAAGCACCUAUCUCUGUAUUGGCAAUAUAGGACAGAUGCCUAAUUUCUUGUUGAAAGAUUAAGUACAUAAAGGGAGACCUUUUUACUUGUCCUGAAACAGAAUCCUUGGCUCAUUGUAUCAGUGCGGAUUGUCAUAUGAGUGCUGGGAUAGCUGCCAUUUUUAAGAAGAAGUUUGGUGGUGUUCAAGAGAUCUUGAGCCAACAAAAGAAGACUGGAGAUGUAGCUGUUCUGAAGAGAGAGAAUCGAUAUGUGUACUAUCUGAUUUCAAAGGACAAAUACUUUCAUAAGCCUACAUAUGGCAAUCUACAGAAGAGUUUAGAAGCUAUGAAAAUCCAUUGUCAGAACAAUGCUGUAACUUGCGUUUCUAUGCCCAAAAUUGGGUGUGGACUUGACCGCCUGGAUUGGAGUAAAGUUUCAACAAUGCUUGAAGAAGUAUUUGAAGAUACAGAUGUUAACAUUAUAGUUUAUACCCUUUAAUUCUUGGGACAAUCAUCUUGUUUCCCUGUUGUAUUCUAUUUUUGUAAUUGAUUUGGGAGAAGAUGGUAGGAUAAUCUUAGUCUCAGUUUCCUUCGCUGUUCCAGCCAUUUCCCACCAUUGCUAGUGUCCGAUCAUAAACAAUAUUUUGGAGAAAUGUAUAGUUGGCUCUUUCAAGAAUUCUCUGUCUAAGCAGCAGAUAUGUCUAUUGUUCCUUUAGUAAAUGAAGCUACUAGUUUGAAAGACAAACAAAAAGCCUUGCAUGGCUAUGUUUUGGUUAGUUUAGCACUUUUUGCUAUGUAGUCUUUAACUGAGUAUAUACAUCUUCAACAGUUUACCAUUGAAGUACCAUAGUUGUUCAUCUUAUUCUGAAAUACAAAUAAACCUUUACUUUUGUGUAAAUUU